CGUACUCACCUGUGCCGAUGCAGCCAUUCUUGACGCCCUUCCAGAGGUAGCUAGCUCCCCUUGAGGGCAGGCCACCCACACGCUUAAUCUGCGUGCCCAAUCGGUUCCUCUAGCGCAGCCAUGGACGCUGCCGAGGGGAAGCCAACACCGGCGGCGGCGCCGUCCCACCCUCAAGGGCCGCCGCAGGUGAACCCCUGGUCGACGGGGCUGUUCGACUGCACGCAGGACCCGGCGAGCUGCUGGCUGACGUGCCUGUGCCCGUGCAUCACCUUCGGUCAGCUGGCGGAGAUCGUGGACCGCGGGUCGACGUCGAGCGGUGCGAGCGGGGCGCUGUACAUGGGGAUCGGGAUCCUCACGGGCUGGGAGUUCCAGUGGAUCUACUCCUGCUUCUACCGCACCAAGAUGCGCGCGCAGUACGGCCUCCAGGAGACCCCCUUCCCGGACUGCUGCGUCCACUGCCUCUGCGAGCCCUGCGCCAUCUGCCAGGAGUACCGCGAGCUCAGGAACCGAGGCUUCGUCAUGGACAUCGGAUGGCACGCCAACAUGGAGCUCCAGCAGCAGCAGGGCCGCGGCGGCACGGCUGCGACCUCGCCGCCCGCCAUGCACGCAGACGGGAUGACCCGCUGAUCCAUCAUCGAUCAUGCAACACUCCGUGCUAGCUGCCUUGCUUAAAUAUAUAUAGCAACGUAUCUGUUGGAUUCAUACAUUCAUAUAGUCUUUGCUAAUGUAAAUUAAAUCGCAAAGCUUCCUCCAUCUCAUGGAUGCAAGGAGAGUUGAUUAAUUUUGGAAGAAGAAAUGCCAUUUUUCAUCCUUAAA